UCCUAAUUCACAAUCGUCUCUCUUCAGUUCCACCAUGAUCUGCUAGUAGUUAUACAAGAACAGAGCAGAGAUGGGUUUCAAACCCCUCACUCUCCAUCUCAUGCCCUGGUGCUUCCACGUGGCCGGCGCCUCCCCGUGGCUUCCCAGCGACGCAGCUACCGACACCGCCGCCGACCCUCCACCGUCCAACCGAUCCGUCCGCCUGCUGGGCGCUGACGGCCGGAUCCGCAUCCAACACCUGCCCGUCUCGGCCGGCGAUCUCAUGGACGCGCACCCUCUCCACCUCCUCUGCCGCUCCGACGGCCUCGUCAUCGGCCAGCCCGUCCCCUGCCUAGCCCCCGAAGAGUUCCUCCUCCCCGGCCGCACCUACUUCCUCCUCCCCGCUCAUCUAUUUCGACCCGCCACCCCCCUCUCCUUCUCCUCCCUCGCAUCCUGCCUCGGCGACUUUCUCAAGCGAUCCGGCGGAUGCUCGCCGAUCCGACCGAUCGAGUUCCAGAAGACGCCCGCCGGAAGGCUCCAGGUCCGCGUGUCCGAUGAGUACCUGGAUCGGCUGGCGGAGGAGGAGGCCGCGCAGGAGAGGAGAGGGCGGGGGGUGUGCACGACGGAGGAGUUGGCCAAGGACUACAAGCAGUUGGUGAGAUGCCGUUCGUGGAAACCGAAGCUGGAGACGAUCAAAGAGUCGGAGCGGAGCCGCGGCCGCGGCCGCGGCGGCGCGGCAUUUGGGGGUAUCGGACGAAGGAAGAGGAGCGCCCAAAACCAGAGCGCCACUAAUCACGGAAAAGAAGACAGAGACUGAUAUAAGGCGGCGUAUAUCGUACAUAUCAUUAUUCCGUUAUACAUAUAUAUCAAGUCAUGUGUUAUAAAUUGUUAAAUCGGCCUAAAAACCUUGUUUAAGUAUUUUGGCUGUUACACAAGUGGAAUUGAAAUAUUUGAAUGGAGAAUA